AUGUCGCCGGGGGAAGCGAGAACGAUUCACCUAGCAGUCACUCCAGCGGGUAUUCCAACCACUCCUAAGGGAGCAGGCGACACCAGACCCGGCAAUUUCUUUGGGCUUCCACCACAUUACCAACACUGGUUGGUGAUCAUUGGCUCCAACGAUGAAAGAAACGGCACAGUUUUCGAACUCAAUCGGCCAGAUGGGGGUAUCGGUGUUCUUGUCCGCUCCGAGCAGCAGCGUGAAAGCGAGGAACUUGAAAAUUCGACAGUAUUGCGAGCGAAAAAACUUGAUGUUACAACGUCUCUGAGUGAUGAGGAGAUCAAUCGCAUAGCCUCGGAUAUUUGCCAGACAAACUUGAAGGGAGAAUACGAUCUCGUCAAUGGUAAUUGCCAGACCAUGGCAAACUCACUGAUUAGUGAGAUUGCAACCGAGGGAACAUACGUAAAUCACCAGACCAUGUCUCAUGUCCUUGGAAGCCUCAGGUGGGACGAAGAAGAGGUGGACAAGUAUGGUGGCCCUCACAACAGGUUUUCAUCUCCCUUCGACGAGACCCAGAUGGACUUCAGGAUGAUUAUUAGCUAUGGUUCAAACGGCGAGUCGGUCGUAUUUGACGGUGUCGAGAACCCAUAUAGCAGAAGGUCGAGUGCAGAUGAUUCUUCUCAACGACAGGAACCGGAGGAAUGGGACGAUAGGGUCGCCCAUCCAAGUUGGGGCUCUAGGAAUGAUUAUACCGUGCCAUUUGGAGGCAUAGAGACGCCUGCACCUCGGAGUUCGAAUGAGGAUGAAGAAUACGCAUAUGGCACUGCCAACAGCAGCCCAUUAGCGCAGGCGGAUUCUUCUCAACGUCAGGAACCGGAGGAAUGGGACGAUAGGGUCGCCCAUCCCAGUUGGGGUUCUAGGAAUGAUUAUGCCGUGCCAUUUGGAGGCACAGAGACGCCUUGGAGUUCUGACGAGUAUGAAGAACCUGCUGCCAGCUCUGACAAUGGCAGCAGUGGCGUUCCGGAUCCAGGGGAUCCUUUCUGGCUACACUAG